ACUUCCGGUUACACAAGCUUCAGCCCCUCACUUCAUCGAUCAUAAGAGUUGGGGUGUUGCCAGUGAAGUCUCGAGCAAUUACACCCAACUUUCGGGGUUCAGCCUCCCGUCUCGGCACCACCCGCUAUUCCUGUUAGUUCUUCCAACUAGUGUUUUCGUUACAAGUCAGUGCGCGACAGGAACGUUGUCUUCACGGACCUUAGUACAUGUUCACAUAGUGGAACUUGCAGUAACCUAAGCAUCUUCAAAUUACCCAGCAUGGUGAACCAUAAGCUUCAAGAGCGUAUCGAUGUUCAUUGUCACGCUCUGCCCGCCAGAUAUCGCCAACACUUGCUCGAUAAUGGUCACCAGCAUGUUGACGGAAUGCCAGCUAUACCAAUAUGGGAUCCCAAGGACCAUAUUCGAAUCAUGAAAGAGCGCAACAUCACAAAAACAAUCCUAAGCAUCAGCUCUCCAGGAACAAACUUGACACCAAAAUCCAGCCUCGAAGCUGCCGCCACAACCCGUCAAGCCAACGAAGAUAUCGCCGCCGUCUGUGCCGAGUAUCCCGAGCAAUUCUUCUUCUUCGCUUCCCUUCCUCUCCCUCUAGUUUCUGAGUCCCUCCUAGAGAUAGACCACGCACUCGACACCCUAGGAGCCGUCGGCUUCUGCCUCGUCUCCAACGCCCAUGGCCUCUACCUCGGCGACCCAUCCUUCACUCCCAUCCUACAAAAGCUCAACGACCGCAAAGCAAUAAUCUUCAUCCACCCCACAACCUGCAACCUCCUCCUCCCCUCUCCAUCCGCUCAAUCCCAAGCCCCCUCCGCACAACCAGCAACCGACGUCCUCCCCGUCACCGUCCUCCCCUACCCUCGCCCCAUGAUGGAAUUCAUGUUCGACGAAACCCGCGUCGUAGCCAACAUCCUGCUCUCCGGCCUCUUGGACAUGUAUCCCGACAUCACAUUCAUCAUGUCGCAUUGUGGCUGCGCGCUCCCCCCUAUCAUCGACCGGAUCGGGGCAUUUGACUCGAUUCUAUACUCUAGACCGGAUUCUAGCCAGAGAUUCAAGGAUCUGUUGAGAACUAGAUUUUAUUUUGAUCUUGCGGGGAAGCCGUUUCCGGAUCAGAUUUGGGGGUUGGUGAGGAUGUUGGGUGGGGGAGGGGAGGGGAUGGGAAUUGGGGAGGCGGAGUUGGAGGAGGUUAGCAAGAGGUUGGUUUAUGGGAGUGAUUUCCCGUUUACGCCGGAGCCGGCGGUGGUGAAGUUGCAGGGUUUGAUGGAUGAAGGGUUGGGGAAGAUUUUUGGGGAGGAGAGGAAGAAGGAGAUUUAUGUUGGGAAUGCGAAGAGGUUGUUUGGUCUCUGAAGUGAGGGACGGAGAUUACGAUUUGUCUUGAGGGCAAGAUUGCGGUAUCAAAGUCGAACCUGAAUUUCAACAUCUCGGUUCCGUUGUUCUUCGACCAUGGAUUGUUUCAAUCCACUCUACCUCUCGUGUGCUUUCAUGCCAU